CAACCUCCGGAUAUAUAAGCGGGCGGGCGGCCGGCGGAGUGCAGUCACUCCAAGAUGAAGCUUCAGAUCGCGUUGGGAGCCGUGUUGUUGCUACUUGCGGCGCCGCCGGCGGCCAGGAGCGAGCCGGGCGGCAAAGGAGGCGGGAAGGGCAAGGGCGGUGGCGGCGGCGGCUACGAGGCCUACCAGACAGUGUUGACCUACAAGCCCGUCGAGGUCACCAAGCCCGUGGUGGUGCAGAAGCCCGUCAUUGAGCACCACCCCGUCUACGUCAAGAAACCCAUCAUAGUGCACCCGGCGCCUCCCCCGGUCCUGAUCCACAAGCCUGUAGUGCACCACGUCCAGGAGUGGAAGUUGGUGACGGUACCUAAGGUCACCUACCAGCCCGUCUAUGUCCACAAGAUCCCCAUCCCUAAGGGCAAAGGCAAGGGCAAGGGGCUAGGUGAUCUCUUUGGCGGGAAGGGCAAGGGCAAGGGAGGAGGUGGGUAUGGUGGUGGUGGCGGAUAUGGUGGUGGUGGUGGGUAUGGUGGCGGAGGAGGAGGGUAUGGUGGCGGUGGUGGUGGCGGGUAUUGGUAAACUGUUUACCUCUGGUUUGCCCCGUGGAACACACCUCCCUGUUACCAUCAGCAGAGUCAGCGACGCUACAGGAGACGACAUACACUGUCUUACUCUCUGUCGUCGCCUCAAGAGUCCGGUGUAAGCCAGCCCGACACCCAGCCUAUUACUCUUAAUUGUUACUCAUUAGAUUAGCUCAUCUACUCACUUCGCCGCUCAUCUAUCAUAUACACUGUGUAUAUACUGUGGUAUCUUACCUCAACUUUGUUUUUUGUACCUUGUUUUUAUACUCUUGUUUGACCAAUAAAAUGAAAAUAUA